GGGGGGCGGGCUUAGCUAAGGGCCGAUCGAGAGCUCGUGACGAGUCGGGAAAGGUCCGUCCCGAGCGGCUGGAAAGAGGAGGCGGCCGCUGCUGCUGAGCUCGCGGCUCCGGGAAGGAAAGCGGGAAAGGCGGUACGUGACGAGACGCGGGCGGGGAGGGGCAGCCUGGGCACGUUCUCUUCCCCUCCUGCGCUUGAAAUGGGCGAGGGUCUUCCUCGCUGCCCUUGGGUCGCCUUUAGACCUUUGCCUAACGGAAGGCGUGGGUCGUCGUCGUCGUCCACCCGGCCCACACAGACGCACGCGCGAAUUGCCCCGAGGCCGCCCAUCUCCCCGGCACUUGGGCGGCUCGUGACGUCACUUCGGCCCUUCCCCGUUUGGUGGAGGAGGAAAGAGAAGCCGGGGGGGGGGGCUUGAAGGAGCUCGAGGUGCCAUGUACAUGGUUCUCUCUCCCCCAUCCCCAUUAAAAUCCCCACAACAACCCUGUGAAGUAGGCCAAACUGAGAGAUUGGCCGUGCCAAGGUCAGGUCAGUCUGUGGCAGGGUCAGGAUAUGAAUUUGGGUCAUUCAGCUUCUAGUCCAGCCUUUGCCAAGCUGGCCCCCUUCCAGGUGUUUUGGACUCCUGCUGAGGCUGAUGGGUAUUAUAGUCCCACAUGCCUGGAAGGGACAAGGUUGGCGGACCACUCCCAAUACUUUUAUCAGCUGUGCUGCUCUUCAGUCGCUGCCACCUCCUCACUAAGUAACUUCAUAUAUCCCCAUCCUCUUUGGUUCACCAGAGAGCGUCCUUCAGUUUCUUCUUGGGAUUAUAUCUUUCCCCUCCUGCCUACCUAGUCAUUGAAUUUAAUUGCAGCCUUUCUCACCAUAAUAAUUGUUGCCUAGCCCAAAGCAUACUCAGGUUCAGGUGCCAGGCUACAAAGUUCUUGCAAUGGCCAGCUGGAAUGCAGCCAUUUGAGGAAAAGGAACCCAAAGUUGCUGGUCUUUCAGCAGAGGUGAUAGAGAAACCUCACAAAGGUGGUCUUUCUGCAGCAGCAAUGGAGAGGCCCUACAGUCGCAGCCCUCCCUUGAUAGAACUGCUGAGGGAUGUGAUAGCUGAGGGAGGAACCUCAUGGAGAGGCCCUGUAGGUCUUUUUGAAAAAAUGCAUCACCCUCCCAGUUUCCAUAAAAGACUCUUGCUUUUCAAGUUGAGUAGCUCAGUUUCCGUGUGGUAAGGAUGGUUCAUUUGAAGCUGGCCACAGCUGAAAGUGCAGAAAGAGAGCAAAAAGUCUUGAGAUGGAUCUUUAAAGAGGUGUGUAUGAUUGAACUCUUUACCAGGCCCAAUUACUUUCAGCAAAAAGGAGAGAACCUUGGUGGAAAUGGAAGACCCUGAUCAGUUGAUGUGCAGACAUGGUCUCACUACUUGCUACCCACUGAUUCUAGACUUAUUACUCCAUUUUUAUUGGUUGCUUAAGAUCUGCUUAUCUGUUGUCGAAACAAAAUAAAAAAAAAUCCUUCCAGUAGCACCUUAGAGACCAACUAAGUUUGUUAUUGGUAUGAGCUUUCGUGUACACGCACAUGUUUUGAAACUCUUAUCUGUACCAUUUGGGGGAGAGUAGUGCCUUCUACAGAUCCGUGGUUCAAAUGUGUGCAGAUGAGAUAAGAAUAAAGAAAUUUUCUACCUCUGUGUUCUCUAGAUCUUGGUAACAGUGCUGAAACUGAAAAUAGAAGCAAAGUCCUCUAAAAUGAAACCAUCUUUUGUAAGGAAUCAUACCGUUUGGGGAAACUGGCUGACACAUUCUCUUUAGAGCAAUACUGCCAAUAUUAACAGCCAGGAAAUCUCCAGAAAUUCCUGUUGAUUUAAGUCUCUGUUCUUCGACGCUUAAUGUACUGCACUUUGUCAACGUUGGUGUUUUUUUGUUUCUUUCAGGUUCUGCAUUGUUUCAGACAUGGCUGCUCAUGGGAUCUCCAUGGGCCAGCAAGUGGCAGUGAUUUGGGAUAUGCACUCUCCUGCUGAAGCGCUGCAAAGUUUUGUGCAGAACAUCCAGGCUGCUGUUGGAGUUGAGGGUCAUGUAUCUGUAGAAAAUAUCAACCAGCUGCUCCAAUGUAAGUGUUGAAAAAGUAUUCGUUGCCGUGUUUGGUUUUAAGGUCUCAUUGUAGCACUGAACCAGUACAUGUUGGACAUCAUAGAAUUUUGUGUGUAGAGAAUGAAACAGCACUGAGCUCCUUGUUAAGUCACUAACAGCCUGAGAAAAGCCCUUGCUGCUCUUGUGCCAUGGCAAAGUUGCCAAACAGGGAUGGGGUAGUGACUGCUGUCUCUUUGCCUGCCUGUCAGGCUGCUUGUGACGCACAGCAAUGACAUUCUGUACAACAUGGGAAUAAUUUGUGGCCAUGAGAAGGAUGUUGUCCUUUUCUUAGAAUACCUGGUUUUUUACCAUACAAUAUGUGAAUUGCCUAAGUGACCUGAUUCUGACUGCAGCGUGCAGAGGCAAAGAGACAGCCAGAAUAACGCAUUGAAGCCUUGUGUGUAGCAAUCUCAAGAAAUCUAGAAGUUCUGUUCAGUGACUGACUCAGUAAGAGUUUUCCAAGAUUACCACUUAAAAUGGCUUUGAAAAAAUACUGCUGAGGUCAUGGUGUAAAACCCCAUCAGUUAUGAUGGCAUGCAUAUGUAUGUAGAGGGAUAAUGUGUUCUCUUCUUUUAACUCUUCAGCAUCCCAUAAGGAAUCCAGUUUUGAUGUGGUUCUGUCAGGCCUCUUACCUGGCAGCUUGACUGUGCAUAGUGCAGAAGUACUGGCUGAAAUAGCUCGGAUAGUCAAGCCAGGGGGCCGUGUCCUUCUGAAGGAAGUAGUGACAACAGAAACAGGUAAGGGGGUACCUUUUCUCUUACCUCUGGACCAUGGGUGUCAAACAUUAAUUUGACUGAUGGGGCUCUGUUGAGUUUAUUUUUAUUUUUAUUCGUUUUUUCUUUUAACUUUUUAUUUGAAAAUGCUUUUUAUUGGUUUUUGUGAAUACAUAGUAAUAACAAAAUUCUUCAUAUAAUCAAUCCAUGAAAUUCUCUGAAUCUCGUGACUCCCCCCCCCCAUCCCUUACAUGGGUCCUAAUAACAAUUUUUUUACCAAUAUACAUAAUAUAUUCUCCAUAUUUUUCAUUGCUAUAAGUUAUGCAUAAACCUCAUUGCUUUAUAAGUGAUUCUUAAUGUCCAGCUAACGUUUUAAUUUGCUUACAAUGUUCUCUUACGUAAAUUAUUAAUUUUUCCCAUUCUUUUUUAAAGUCCUUAUCCUCUUGAUUCCUUAGUCUCCUGGUUAGUUUUGCCCGGGGCUUCGUUGAAUUUAAGCUGCCAUAGCUUAGAGCUUGUCUACACCUGAGCAUGUCAGAUGGUCAUGGCAGAGUUGAUUUAACCAGAUGUUGAUACAGCAUCUGUAACUGAACAUAACUGGGUAUCAGUGGAAGCAGUGCUGGAAGUUGUGUGUUCUUGAGUUAAGUUAUACCACGUUCAAUUCCUGCUUGAGUUGCAAGAGAACAAGAUAUUUAAACAAGUUGAUUCAGUGAUUGACCUAAUAAUCACUUCCUUACGCUAAUUAAGAUCAGCUAGAGCGCUUUAGGGAUUCAGUUACAGGGAGAUUGCUAGAAAUAGCCCAUUUAUAUUUCCUAAUUAAUUGAAUUGAUGUCUGACAGUUCCUGAAAUGAUUCAGGUAAUGCAAAGAAUGAGGCCUGUGUGACUCUCUUCUGUGGGACAGUCAUGCUUUGAGCACUGCACCUAGUUGAUUAUGGAUGCUUUUUCCUCCUCGUCCUACACCUCCCAGGUAACAACAAUGGGCUCAAGACAAUCCCCAAGCUACCUGCAGCUUUGACACUCUCAGGGCUGGUGGAAAUAAAGGAGGUACGUAUGUGGAUAUUGAGACUUCUAUAGAUCAUUUAUUCCAGAAAAUUUAACUAUGCACAAUAUAUUUGGAGACAACAAAGCUUUGGGUUUCCCUAGGGAGCAAGCAAAAGUAGCCUUGAAAAUGCUUGCUUUGGGUGGCAUUCACUGGUAGUGCUACUCAGAGUAUACAUAGUAAAGUCAAUGGACAUGACUAACGGUCAUUAAUUUCAGUGGGUCUACACUUGAGAAGGACUUAGUUGAAUACUACCAUUGGGUUUCUUUGGAUGAGGUUUCUACAAAGGGAAAACAUAUUGUGUGGGUAUCAUGGUGCUAAUGUGCUAUUUCUUCUGGGUUCUCUGGGAUGGAUUUGACACCAGGCUAAUUCUUUGCUUUGUCUUGUUUUUUAGUUACAGAAAGAGCCCUUAACCUCUGAACAAAUCCAGUCUCUUCAGGAACGUCUGGGUUUCCAGUGCAAUGAAAUUUAUUCUGUUCAGAUGGAAGGCAAGAAACCCAACUUUGAAGUGGGAUCUUCAAGUCAACUCAAAAUUUCUUUUGUCAAGAAAGAGAGAGGUGAAUAGGGAUCUCUCCUCUUCACAGCAUAAUCUUAGGAAAUACAUUCACUUGUCCAUAGAAUGUGAAUUCACUCUGUUCUUUAGAAGUCAAUAUAAUAACCAAGGUGGUUACUGACACAUGGUCUUUGAAAGCAAUGCUCUUUACCCUUUUAUAAGCGUAGUGUCUGUUGGUAGCCUUCAUUUCAGCCUCAAAAGCAAAUUGCUAAACUAAUGAUGAACAUGUUCACAGUGUUUUAUGUCAGGGUAUGGAAUCUACAUUCCAUUGGCCAGAGUGGUUUGUGGCUUAAUUUCAGCCAGCCUUCAAGGUCUCUUGCCCAUCAUUUGUUCAGUGGGGAGCAAUUAAGGGAAAAACAAGCCUUUAUGCUGAGCACCCCCUUUCUCUGUAAGGGGAUCUGCAAGAAAAUCAAAGCAGAAAGUACAAUAUCUCAGCUGUGGCAGCCCUAUUUUAUCAUGACAGCAUCUCACAGAACUUCACAGAGUGAUGCGCUUCAGAGCACAGUAUAAUGUGUUUUCAUUGUCAUGCCACCACGUUAGAAGGCCACACAAAGAUUUUAUAUCUAUAUUGGGAGCAGACCUUAUGUUGGAUGCAUUAUAAUAGAUUUUCCAUAGUUAGAUCUGAAAAUAUGCUGAGGUGCUCUCUAACAAAGUUUGAGCUAAAAGGUCCCAAGAAUGGAUUAGACAAAAUAUGUGCUAGGACCCCACUGUUGUUCUGUUCUCUAUAAUUCCUUAUUCUAUUCUCCUUAGAAAAGCCGGCUGUGGAUCCCAUGGCUGCAAAGCUCUGGACUCUUUCUGCCAAUGAUAUGGACGAUGAUGAUGCAGUGAGUAUGAAAAUCACCUAAUGCAAGCAAAGGAAUGCCCUUAUUUUAUACAUUUCUCUGUGUUCUGACGGCUAUGCCAGUGCCACAUUAUUUCUGCUGUUUUGUUCUGAGAUAUCUCUAGGACUGUGCAGCAGCACACCUGGAACAAACCUCCCCAAAUGGGGACUGUCUUAAUGGAGAGGGAACCAUCUUAGUUUCAUAUGGAUCAUGGUCUUCUUCUUCUUCUUUCCAGGAUCUUCUGGAUUCAGACGAGCUUUUGGACCCUGAGGAUUUGAAAAAGCCAGAUCCAGCUUCCCUUAAAGCUCCUUCCUGUAAGGACUCUGGAAAGAAGAAAGCGUGUAAGAACUGGUGAGUACUGAAAUACAGUGGUACCUCGGUUUUCGAACGUAAUCUGUUCUGGAAGACAGUUCGAGUUCCGAAACGUUCGAAAACCGAAACCUCAAUAGCCCACAGCUAUGCCUCCGGAUCUUUCACGCAGCGGAAGCCACAUAGCAUGUUCGACUUCCGAGGCUUGUUCGAAAACCGAAGCAUUUAAUUCUGAGUUUUUGGCAUUCGAAAACCGAAAGGUUUGACUUCUGAGACGUUCGAAAACUGAGGUACCACUGUACAUGGACAUUCUGGCCCUAAGAUGAAUUUGAUUCCAUGGUCAUAGGCCCAGCACCUUGUUACUCUCAAGAGAAGUGACUUUUUGUGUGACAUGAACAAAUGUUUGUGAUGCUGCAAACAAGCUGCUUGAAUUGCAUGUGGGUUUUUUCAGGUUUAUGUGUUCUUUUUGUUUUGUUUUUAUAAGAUUUGCUUUGUAUUAACUAGUAGGGUUGUUUUAUUUAUUUAUUUACAAACUUCCUAAACUUUAUUGCUUGAGAUCAGUUAUGCAACUCGUGCAUCUGAAAUAAGAUUGGGGGGGAGGAGAGAAUCAGCAAAAUACAGCUUUGGGGAAAAUCCAGGUAAGAAAUGAAGAGAGUGAACUGCAAGCUUAUGUACAUCAACUUGGAAAUGAGUCCACAUGGAAACCAGGACUUCCAAAUAACGGUACAUAAGGAAAUGUAGUUUCUCCUAAGUUUGAAACCUAGGCCAGGAGCUGGAAUUCUUCAACUAAAUUUAUUUUAUUGAAUUUAUAUACAGCCCUAUGCCCUGAGGUCCCUAAAUAAUAGGGAAGAUCUUGGAAUUUGCAUAUUUCAGUGUUCUGUCCUGUUUAUAGCAGUUGAGAUACUCUCUGCUGCACAGCACUGCUGUGAUCAGAUUGGAGAGAAAUAAGAACUAGCAUGUCUGGAGAGCUUUACAGACACUCUAAGGAAGAAUAAGCCACCCACUGCCUGCUUGCAAACUGUUAUAUAAUGAUUUCUUUGUUAAAUAAAUAGAUUUAUAUGUAGAUUUAUAAAGCUUCUCCUUUCUGCAGUACCUGUGGUCUUGCUGAAGAGCUAGAGCAGAAGAAGAACAACAUACAGCCCAAAUCCGCAUGUGGCAAUGUAAGGAUGUACAUUUACUUGCUAAUCAAAACACUGGAUUUAUAUCUAGAUCAGGAGUGGGGAACCUUUUCACUCUGCUGUGCUGGAUCCUUUGGUCCCCCAUCAUGGCAGCCCCUUUUCAUCCUGGCAGGCUGCCCUCCUCCCAGUCACUUGACAGUCAGCAUGGUCAGCUUGGAUCGGCUAGAUUCCCUGACUGCCAGCUCCAGACUGUAGCUGAUCCUAGCGGGGCUUGAAGCCACUGCAAGUCAGCUGGUUGCUGCUGUAUUCGAGACCCGCAUUCAGCAGAGAUCAGCUACACUCCGGAGCACCCACAUGUGCUUUCCGCCAUUUGCAGAUGCAGAGCAAAGCACGUGAUUUCAGAUAGCUUAUAUACAUGGCAAAUUAGUUAAGUGUGUUCACCAUAGGUGGACAUGCAGAGUAUAUACAGUUUCUAACACAGAAGAGAAAGCCAUAGAAUAAUUUGUCAUGUGAAGAAGCGUUGUGCAAGAUGAGUGUAAAAAUGUAACUCCUAUCUUGCCUGUUCCCCAAGCCGUGUGGACUGUUCCCUAAAUAGCCUUUGGUUCAGAUUUGUUCAACUGCUAUGGUUGAGGUGGAAUGAGAAUUAUCCUGGAGGAUUAUACGCAGUCACAAAAAUAUUUUUUCCACCUGGGGGUGGGGGGAAAUGUGGUGCAUUGAGCCUCAAUACUGACUGACUUUGUUUCGUUAAGGCCAAUUCUUCCCCUCACCCCUUGAGACAAACUUUUAAGUCCUAUUUAAUGCAAGCCCCUUCCCACUUGGAAAAUGAACAGGAACUGUGAAACAUUCCCCUUUGCCAGGGCACUGACUUGGCCUCUCUUCUCCCUGCAGUGUUACCUGGGGGAUGCAUUCCGGUGUUCCAGCUGCCCUUACCGUGGCUUGCCAGCCUUCAAACCUGGCGAGAAGAUCCUGCUGAAUGAGAAUAACCUCCAUGAUGCCUAAGAGAGGGACAGAAUCAAGCCUCCUUGUGGGGCACGUACACAGCUGUUUUUUGCCUUUUUAGGCUGUGCAUUGUUUUGCUGCCAUAACUCUCACUCUGGGAAGGUCUCUAAUAAAGGGAAAGGGACUUUAUUGGGGUCAAGGAAGACAAGCAGAUGGGCUGCUGUAGGCUAAAGGGAAAGGCCUGCAUUCUAGGCUCAUCUCUGACUAGCUGACUAUUACUUGUUCCUUGGUGUCCUGUUCAUGAACAUAGAUUAGUGGACAUUGGGGUUUAAAAAAGAUGAGUAUGAUUUAACAUCGAGGCACUGGCCAUCCUAACAUGCUCUAUAGACAAAAUGGCUAUACUGGCAAUUGUCAUCACAUUAUCCUGGGAAUUCUGAAGCAGCUUCAAGUGCUGGCUUGUCUUACCAAGAAUCCUUUUACGUAUAUUUUUUGUGGCCAAACACAGCACCACAAAUUACAUUUGGGAGGAGAGGGAUUGAUUGUGAAAUCCCAGUUGCACAGUUAUGUGUUCCAGGGUUUUGUGCAACUGAAAUGUAUGAGGUUCUGAAAUUAAACCUGUGAAACUAGCUAUCUCAUUUCUUCGGUUCUUCCAGUAUAUCACUGCCAAGAAAACUUCUCUAUUGUGGGUGUUGGAGGACUCAGUUAGGGAGAGGGAGAUGCUACCUGAGCAGGGGCAGGGUUUUACUUUGAGCUGGUGACAGUCUUAUUGAACGGAGGCUUUUAGGAAGCAUUCCUGCGUUCCUUCCCCUCUUCAUAAUGUUUCCUUCUUUUAGAAGGGGAAAGCAGAAGGAGAGUCAAUUAUAUGGGCUGGUUCACAGCAUGCUUGAUGGAGAACUAUUUGUUUUGGAGUGUUCUGCUGGACUUCCAUAGGGGACACUGAUAUCCUCUAAUAAUGUCUGUGCAGGCAGCAAAUUGAGAAUUCCCAGCAAUACUCUACCGUUCCUCUGAUGAUUAAGGUGCUAUGUCAUGUAAGUUGAAAGGCAGCUGAACAGAGAUGGAUUUAGUGCUUUUCAAGGUAACAGUGGAUACUUCUUGGAAGAGAAAUAAGCUUUGACUAAACCAAGAAAUGUUUUGUUCUAGACACGCAGAUCCAUAUGAUGGCCCGAUUGACACGCAACACUGAACCAAACCUUAUUUUCAGAGAGAAGGCUGUGGUUGCUGCACUCCUCCCCAGUGCUGCUGUGCUCCCUAGCACUAAGCCAUGCUCUGGCUUGGCAUUGCAGGUGAACCUAGGCAUGUGCUUUGUCUCACUUCAGACAAACCAUUACUUGUUGCCAAGGUUUGUUCUUGGUUUGCCACUUGUCGUUUGUCUGGAGCAAGACUAACUACAAGGCCAUGUUCAACCAGGCCAGGUAACUUGCUCAUUUACACUAAGCCAAGCAAACUGGGCCAUUUUGAUCUAUCAAGAUGAGUGCAGGACAGCAGAGAUUAGUGUUUCGUUCCCUGCCUUGGUUUGACGUAACAGGGGGAUCAUUGAGACAAUUGGCAAGCAGUUCACAAGUGGUAUAGGGCCAUUGUGUCAGUAUAAGUAGGAAUCGGCCAGCCUUCACAUUUUGCUUACUUUUCAACCAUCGUCUCACUUUGCUAUUGGGUGCUCAACAGUGUCCAAAGCCUCUUGAACAUUCUUCCCCAAAAACAUAAGAAUGUGGAAAACUGGUCCCCUUGGAGACCUAUUCAUUUUUAGGAGCCAGGUGGAGUAAAUGUAUUUAACUUGUAGAAGUAGCAAUAACUUUAAAUGCCUUAUGUUUUCAAAGAGCUGGGACUACCUGCUGUUUCACCUGCUGAGAUGCUGAAUUUUCAAACCCAUACUGUAUCAACUUCAGUCACUGGUAUUGGGAAAGGCUUUAGAUCAGCAGAUCAUUCCCUCCUGCAGAGGUUGCUACCGCGGCACCUGUGAGUGCUCAUGUAUCCACAGAGACCUUCACUAGUUCUCCUACUGGAAUUGGAACUUGAGAAGUAUUCUAUGGUAGCCAGUGGAAUAGGUGGCUGUGUGCAGUGCUCACAACAAUUUUUCUGGUUUGCAAUUGUGCCAAAAAGGUUGGUGACCCUUGCGAACUCAUUCCUGCAGGUUUCAGUUCCUAUGCUUUGAAACUUUAGUGCACAAACUGGUGUCAUAUAAUAGAGGUUAAAAUAGGAUGCAUUUGACCACUUCCUGCCACUCAGCACUAGACCAUCUUACUUCAGAUCUCUCACCAUGGCAGCCCCUCUUGACCUAAGCUAUUGGUUUGCUGGUUGUCACCUUCCACAAAUACGCUUGCAAGGAUGGUGAUAAGAGCAGCCUAUGUAAGGAGGAGUUGAAGGAGUUGAUCCAGGACAAGCUGACCAUUGGGCCGAAACUGCAGGACAGAGAGAUACAGGCAUUAAUGAACGAUCUGGACCGCAAUGGGGACCAAUUGGUGAACUUCCAGGAAUACGUCACUUUCCUGGGUGCCUUGGCAGUGAUUUGCAAUGAAGCUUUGACUUCAUAAAUGUAUGCCCCGGUGGGGCAAGGUGUCGUGGUUCAGGAUUAUACCUCUGUAGACGGUUUCAUGUCCAAUAAAAUUUUAAGUGUAAAAAAAAUAAAAAUUAGGGUACAUUUCUUCAGCUUUUCUUCCUUACUAAUUGUGUAAUGAUUCUUAAAACAGGUUUAAAAUGAGGUCGAGUAAAGAAAUUUUGUAACUGUGAAUGAGUUUUUUAAAAACCACUCCAAAGAACACUGUUGCUUGUUCAGGGGGGUGGCCUGCAAAGAGAUUGGUAAAGCUGGGUCCUGGAAUUGGGACAUGACUCUCUAGGUUUCUAUGGAAAACUGUAGUGCAGGCAACCCCAGUGGAAAGCUAGUCUUGAAGUCGGCACUGCUCAAUGUGGAGAUUGACUGCACAGCAGAGUUCCUGUUGCAGAAUUUGGUAAUGCAGACAACCUGCUGAAAUGAGGGCUUGAAGCCAGGGCCAGCCAGCUGACCAGUUGAACUUCAACCCCUGCUUCAGUUCACUGGGAACUUCCUCUGCAGCACAGUUUGACCUCAAAGGGGAAAAGGGUUGCCUGACAUGGUGACAUCAGAUGACUGUGAGCAGCGCCACCUACUAGUCAAAUUGGCCCACUGCAGUCCAGGAUCCAGCCUAAAUUCCCAACACCUGUUGUAAGGUAAUGUAGGGAUUUCAAGGUAGGCCUGGUCCUUGACGUUAUUUUGAUUUAACUGCAGCAUAUUCUUAGAACUUGGUUCUCUAUCCAAUCCAAAUUGGUGUCUUUAUUAAUUUAGCUGGUCCCUUGGCAUGGAACCUAGUUACUUUGCGUAUUUAUAGAAAACAUAAUUCUUCUUUUCUGUGCAGAAUGCAUUAUUAAUAAAUAAACUUAUGUGUUAAUGCACUGUUUCCAAACAGAAAGUUUUAAUAGCAGCCAAUUAACCGGCUAAGUAGCAGGAAAACAAUGUUGGUCUUUAAUCAUGAAAUGCUUGCUUGUUCCUACUCCCCCACCCCUUACCUCUUAAAUUCUUUAAAUAUUUUAUUCUGUUGGCAUCACUUCCAAAUAGCUGAUGAGAUUAAAACAUUAAUCUGGUUUUAAGAGCCACAUGUUGAAAAGGG